AUGGAUGGGAGCCCAGGAGGUCGACUGAAGACUGAAGAGGGACCCCUUUCCUUCUUCCCACCACCUGUCUGCUAUUCUGUAGCCCAGCCUCUGCCAGAACACUGAAGGGGGGACUGGCGGCUGGGCGGUGGGAGAGGCGAGGCUGAGGGGAGCUGGGGAAGGAGAGUGGAGAGGAGGAGGGCCUUGGAGGCAGAGAGGAGGGGCGGCGGGCUCCCGGGGAGCCUGGCGCUGGCAGCGGCUCUGGCGGUUAGGGGACCAAUGUCGCUGCCGCCUCCUCCUUCUCGCCGGCCAGAGCUGCGUCGCCCGGGCUGAGCCGCAGCCGCAGCCGCGAGCCUAGCGGCCGCCGGGCGCGCCCGCAACCCGGGAGGAUGGGCUGCGGCGGGAGCCGAGCCGAUGCCAUCGAGCCCCGCUACUACGAGAGCUGGACCCGGGAGACAGAGUCCACCUGGCUCACCUACACGGACUCGGACGCGCUACCCAGCGCCGCAGCCACGGACAGCGGCCCCGAGGCGGGCGGCCUGCACGCGGGUGUGCUGGAAGACGGACCGUCCUCUAAUGGGGUGCUCCGACCUGCAGCCUCAGGUGGAAUAGCCAACCCAGAGAAGAAGAUGAACUGUGGGACCCAAUGUCCCAACUCACAGAGCCUCAGCUCAGGCCCUCUGACCCAGAAACAGAAUGGCCUCUGGGCCACAGAGGCUAAAAGGGAUGCUAAGCGAAUGUCUGCAAGAGAAGUGGCUAUUAAUGUUACAGAGAAUAUCCGGCAGAUGGACAGAAGUAAAAGGGUCACCAAGAACUGCAUCAACUAGCAGUGCCUGGAUGUGGAAGCAGAUGAACUUCUUGGUGGAGUCCAGUCAAAGAAUCCUGAAGAAGUGGGUGUCACUCGCUGAACGUGGAUGCCUCUGAGAGACACACGGCCACCCACGCUGUGAUGACCAUCUUGGCUUUGUGUUUAUCACAUACAGAAAAUACAUCGAAAAGUCCUGAAGUAUGUUCACAGAUUGCCAAAAUGUGGUUUGUUUUUCCCCUCUGCAGCUUCCGUAGUAUGGUCAGCUGUAGCCAUGGUGAAGCCCGUGGGUCUGUGAGUGGCACAGAAAGGCAGGAGUUACGAAAUUCCCCGGUCAUGGAGCUCACAUUAGUGCAGAGCUUUCACAGUGCGUGGUUUCCUCCUUUCUUUUUAAAUAUGGCCAUCACGAAAUUUACUGUUUUCACUUAAGAGCUGGCUCUCAGCCAACUCUAAACCCAGAAAAACAAGAAUCCGAGAAACAGAGACUCAGAAUAAGAUCGAUCAGUCCCAGCUUCAUGUGCUGACUUCCCGGUGCCUACGCGGUGUCUUUGAGAGGUGUCUAUGACACGCACACAUACCUAUUCCUCCUCUACCUGGAGAGGCCUCCCAGGCUGGCACCCAGGGGUUGGCUUCCAAGCCAAAAUGUCACAUGUCUGUGGCCCUUGCACCCAACCUGCAACACUCUUUGGGUCCUAGCUUCGUGUUGCUUUGUUUGCAUAGUUUUCCAGUUCACUAUUGUUCUCAUGGGCUUUGUACCUCCAGUCAGGUCAUUUGCAGCUGGACACCACUCACAGGGGGAAAGUGACCUAGGAACACAUGGCGGCACAUGUGAUGCCCCUUUGGCCUUUCUGUACACAGCCCCAGGGACCAUGUUAGUUUAGUAUCUGCAGAGUAAUUAGUUUGGAAAGCCAGAGCCUGGGUGACGUAGACUCCUGUUGACAUUGUCUGACAAGGCACUGCAUUGGAAAACAGGCAGCCAAUACAGCGAAGUGAUACUUUGAUAGGGAGGGACACGGCAUGAGUCUGAAAGGACUGUUAAACAUGCUUGGGCUUAUUAAGUCCAAGUCGUAUCAAACUGUACCAACACACUCACAUCUAGCAGCAAUAGCAGUCUGGUGACAGUCCAAGAGAAGUCACCCAAGCGGACCAAGUUGCAGAUGCUCACUGCUGUCUCUGACUCAUUUCUCCAAUGCAAAUAGAACUGUGGACUAUCUGUUUAUUAGCAUUAAAUUUCACUGCCAGCCUUGUGCCAGCUACAGUAACAGACGCAGAGGGGUUUGGAGUCUGGCAGUCACGACCGUACUCCUGACUCUGUGGGGAGGCUUGGUACUCAGGAGACUGACAUGGGCCCUGCGGCACAGGGCCAGUUAUUGCAGUGGAAUCUCACAUUUAGGUUAAUGGUAGCUUUCUGUCAAUCAAAGAUUAUGUUUUCUCCUUUGCCGUAUACACCACAGUUUUCCCCCAACCUCUCUCAUCUUGACUCCUUGUCAAAGGGCUUUUAGGGAACUUCAUGUUCUGACAAUUUAACUAAUAAAACAAAAGCAAACCCCAUGCGUGACUCCUGUGUCCUCAGUGGCAUUGCUGGACAGGAGUCCUUCCACAGGGUUGGUCAUGGGUCCAAUCCUGCAAGCUCAAGGGCUUGCUCUCCAGGGCAUGUGCGCUGUGUUUUGACACACUGCUUCCCUAGUUGAUGCUAUUAGCCACAGGGUGAAGGCCAGCUUCUCUUCCCAACUCUGUGUUUGCCUCAGUUCAUUGGAAUUUACCAUCUGGAAAAGUUGUCUCUGCAAAUAUAGAAACACGUUCUCAUUCUGUGAGGAGAAGGAACGGAGGGAGGGCCAGUGAUCUGGCACACCACUGAACUUUCCAUCUGGUGAUUUUUAAAUGUGUGUUUAAAGCAGGAGCUGAUUCUUACUAUCCUGUUGGGAUAACACUUUCCAUUUCGAAGUUUGUGUCAAUAAAGUCAUUAACUUCAAACACA